AUGGGUGUUUUCGACAGCAUCAGGCGGCGCGAUGAGAACAGCCGAAUUGUGAAGGUUUCAGGGUCAUCUGCAGAGGAAAGCGACGAAGUCAGUGAAGUCCCUGCUCAGACCAGCUCUCUGGAGUGGCAGGACGAGACGGAAAUCAAGCAGCACCCCGAUGAGGUCAAUGCGAAUGCUUCUGUCGGGUUGCAGAAAGCUGAGGCUGCUGCGUUAGUCUACAGCAAGAAGUCACUCAUUGGAAUCUAUGCAUGGAUAUGGGUCUGCUUUUUCGUCUUAUCCUUCCACGAGACGAUGUUGACCAACCUCACGAACUAUGUUUUCGCCGGAUUCUCGUCUGCGCCUCAGGUGACUACUUCUUAUAUUGCCUCGACCAUCAUCGGCGGUGUGAUGAAGCUCCCUCUGGGUAAGACUCUGAACCUUUGGGGCCGUGCCGAGGGUCUGUUGGCCUCGCUGCUAGUCUAUAUACUUGGUAUCAUUAUCCUGGCUGCCUGUGAUGGUCCCAACGCGUAUUGCGCAGGCUAUAUCUUUUACUGGAUCGGUUACGACUGUCUCUAUCUCACCCUGCAGAUAUUCGUUGCCGAUACCACUGGGUUACGCAACCGAGCUUGGGCUUUUGCUUUCGUUCAAACGCCUUUUAUCUGUACCGCUUUUACGGCGCCUUUGGCCGUGACUUCUUUCAUUAACACAUCGGGCUGGCGCUGGGCAUUUGGUGUUUUCGCCAUUGUUCAGCCUUUUGUCUUCGCCCCUUUAGCGUUGGGUUUCAAAUACUACGAGAAGCAGGCCGAGAAAAAGGGUAUCCUCAGAAGAGAGCGGAGCGGACGCUCUGUUGGGCAGUCGAUAGUUCAUUACCUUCAUGAAUUCGAUGUUAUCGGUGCAUUCAUUAUCAUGGCCGCUUUUAUCUUGUUCCUUCUUCCCUUUAGCAUCACUUCCAACGGCGUAUCUCAAUAUUCCAGCGCUACAUUCAUUGCGAUGAUUGUUGUCGGAAUCUGCCUCUUCCCAGUCUUCGCGAUCUGGGAGAAGUGGUUCGCUCGCAUCCACUUUAUUCGAUGGGAAUUAUUCAAAAAUCGCUCUGUCGCCGGCGCCUGCUUACUAUCUGCCGUUGUCUUCUUCAGCUUCGACCUUUGGAACACAUAUUUCCAGAACUUCCUCCUCGUUAUUUACAACCUUGACUACACGACGGCUGGAUACUUGAUGUCGACUUAUAACGUCGGCUCCUGCUUCUGGUCGGUUGUUGUCGGAAUUUAUGUCUACAAGACCAAGCACUUCAAGUAUCUUUGUCUGUUCUUUGGGCUUCCGCUUAUGAUUCUCGGGUCCGGUCUUAUGAUCUACUUCCGAGGCAGCGAGCAUGGAAUCGGUUAUGUGGUCAUGUGUCAAAUCUUCAUUGCCUUCGCCGGAGGUACCCUGGUCAUCGGUGAAGACAUGGCUGUGAUGGCGGGCGGUGACCGUGAAGGCAUUCCCAUGGCUCUGUCCCUUAUUAGCUUGUUUUCAAGUGUGGGCUCGUCGAUCGGAUACGCCGUGUGCGCUGCUAUCGUGAACAACGUCUGGCUGCCGGCCAUCCGGAGUCGUCUCCCUGCGGACAUGAAGUCUCAAGCCAUGGCGAUUUAUCUAGGUGGAGUCACCAAGCAGCAGGGCUUUGCACUUGGUUCUCCAGAGCGCGAGGCUGCCGCCUAUGCUUGGAGCUGGUCUCAGCGGCAGAACUGCAUUGCUUCCACUUGUAUUCUGGUUUUGGGCAUCCCUGCGAUCAUGUUGUGGAAAAACUUCAACGUCGACAAGAAGCAGAACAAGGGCACAGUUAUUUAA